AUGAUGGACCUUUUCGAGACCAACGCUUAUCUUUUCAACGAUCUGCGCUACCUGGAGGACGCCGAGCAUGGAGCGCUGCACCACUUGGACAUGGCGGGGGUGUCCCCGCUUUACAACGCGGACGACAGCCCGCUGUCUCCGGGCGGGGAUCGCGUGGCGUCCGAGACGGGCGAGGACAGCAGCGGCGAGGAGCACGUGCUGGCGCCGCCGGGGCUGCGUUCCCACUGCGAGGGCCAGUGCCUCGUCUGGGCCUGCAAGGUGUGCAAGAGGAAGUCGGCGCCCACCGACCGCCGCAAGGCCGCCACGCUGCGUGAGCGGCGGCGGCUGAAGAAGAUCAACGAGGCGUUCGACGCGCUCAAGAGGAAGACGGUGGCCAACCCCAACCAGAGGCUGCCCAAGGUGGAGAUCCUACGCAGCGCCAUCAGCUACAUCGAGAGGCUGCAGGAGCUGCUGCACGGGCUGGACCAGCAAGACCAGCAGGAGGACCGGGCCCACCAGGCCAAGGAACUCGGUGCGGUUGGCCCCGGAGGCCAGUGGAAGAGGACCCCGGCGUCCUGGGCGGAUAACUGCAACAGCGCUUUGUUCAACCAGAGUGAAGGGACCAGCGAGUCGUCGGCGUCCUGCAGCCUCCUGCGUCUGUCCUCCAUCGUGGACAGCAUCAGUAGUGAGACGGGCGGCGCCGGCGAAGACGCCCCUGAAAACUGACACGAGAUUUGAACUUUGUUUUACAUUUGU